AUGGCUGAAGGGAACGAGCUGAUGAACAGGCUCAUGAGCGAGAACGCUGACCUGAAGAAGCAGGUCCGGCUCCUCAAGGAGAACCAGAUGUUGAAGCGCCUGCUCAACGAGAGCUGCCAGGACAGCUGCGGCCGCGGCGGCCGGGACUUCCUGUUCCCCAAGGCCCCCGCCUACCCCGAGGACUGCUCCCCCGGGACUGCAGGUCCAGAGAUUGGAAGAUUCACCAGUGUCCCUGAUGUGCCCUCCCAGCUGCAAACAUCCUCCCUAGAGGACCUGCUGUGCUCACACGCCCCACUCUCCAGUGAGGAUGAUGCUUCCCCAGGCUGUGCGACCUCCUCCCACGUGCCCUUCAAGGGUUUCCUCAGCUCCUCGGAGCUGCAUGUGCCCCGUAGCACUGACAGGAAGCUGUGCCCACUCCUGAACCCCUUGCAGGACUCAGUGGUGGACAAGACCCUGCUGGAGCCCAGGGAGAUGGUCCGGCCUAAGAAGGUGUGCUUCUCAGAGAGCAGCCUGCCUUCAGGGGACAGGACGAGGAGGAGCUACUACCUUAACGAGAUCCAUAGCUUCACCAGUGCGGAGAAGGAUGGGCGCAUCGUUGGGGAGAUCGCCUUCCAGCUGGACCGGCGUAUCCUGGCCUACGUCUUCCCUGGGGUGACCCGGCUGUACGGCUUUACCGUGUCCAACAUCCCCGAGAAGAUCAAGCAGACAUCCAUCAAGUCCCUGGACGGCUCUAUGGACGAGAAGAAGCUGCGGGAGCUGACACACCGCUACCUGAUGCUGAUGGCGCGCCUGGAGAAGCUGGGCUACAGCCGCGACGUGCACCCCGUGUUCAGUGAGUUCCUCAUCAACACCUAUGGCAUCCUGAAGCAGCGGCCCGACCUGCGUGCCAACCCGUUGCAUAGCAGCCCGGCCGCCCUGCGCAAGCUGGUCAUCGACAUCGUGCCCCCCAAGUUCCUGGGCGACUCUCUCCUGCUGCUCAACUGCCUGUGUGAGCUCUCCAAGGAAGACAGCAAGCCACUCUUCGCCUGGUGAGCCCGCACUCCAGCACCCGCCAUGCCUUUCCUGCAAUAAAUGUGUUUGUUCCAACCCCCGGGGGCCAACGUGCCUCCUGUGCGUCCCCUCCAGCCGGGGGAAGGUCCGUGUCCGCCGAGGGCGUG